CACGUUUUUACCCCGUCAAUUCAUCCCUCCGUUCGUGCAGAGUGUGUAUAGUAUAUAGAUGAGAUCUCAGAGUUUCUUCCAUUAGAGAGAGCAUCGACAUCUCAAGCACUUCCCCCCGCGACUCAGAAUGGCUCAGCCUGCGGUGAAGAAGGACGACGAUCGCGAUGAAGAAAUGGAUUACUCCCCAUUUCUGGGGAUUGAUAAGGGUGGAGUCCUACAGGAAGCCAGAGUGUUCAAUGAUCCUCAGUUGGAUGCAAGAAGAUGCUCGCAGGUCAUUACAAAGCUUCUGUAUCUUCUGAACCAAGGCGAAACAUUCACAAAGGUUGAAGCUACAGAAGUGUUUUUUUCUGUGACAAAGCUCUUUCAAUCAAAAGAUAUUGCUCUCCGGAGAAUGGUUUAUUUGAUUAUUAAGGAGCUUUCUCCAUCGGCUGAUGAGGUUAUCAUAGUCACAAGCUCACUGAUGAAGGACAUGAACAGUAGAACUGAUAUGUAUCGGGCAAAUGCCAUCCGUGUCCUUUGUCGAAUCACGGAUGGAACCCUUCUCACUCAAAUAGAGAGAUACUUGAAGCAAGCCAUCGUUGACAAAAAUCCUGUGGUUGCCAGUGCUGCCCUUGUUAGUGGAAUUCAUUUGCUUCAGACAAAUCCAGAAAUUGUGAAAAGAUGGAGCAAUGAGGUACAAGAAGCAAUUCAAUCAAGGGCUGCACUUGUCCAGUUUCACGCGCUUGCUUUGCUCCACCAGAUAAGGCAAAAUGACCGCCUAGCUGUUAACAAACUAGUUAGUAGCUUGACAAGAGGGACUGUUCGCUCACCAUUGGCUCAAUGUCUUUUGAUUCGCUACGCUAGCCAGGUCAUAAGGGAAUCUGGAGUUAACCAAACAGGGGACCGACCAUUUUAUGACUACUUAGAGGGGUGUCUCCGCCACAAAUCUGAGAUGGUUAUUUUAGAAGCUGCCAGAGCAAUUACAGAGUUGAGUGGCGUCACAAGUCGUGAAUUAACUCCAGCAAUUACUGUUCUACAGCUCUUCUUAAGCUCUUCGAAGCCAGUUCUUCGAUUUGCUGCUGUUCGCACUUUGAAUAAGGUGGCAAUGACACACCCAAUGGCCGUGACAAACUGUAACAUUGACAUGGAGAGCUUGAUCUCUGAUCAAAACAGAAGCAUCGCAACUCUUGCAAUCACAACUCUCCUCAAAACUGGCAAUGAAUCUAGCAUUGAUCGUUUGAUGAAGCAAAUUACUAAUUUCAUGUCUGACAUAGCUGAUGAGUUUAAAAUUGUUGUGGUGGAAGCCAUCAGGUCAUUGUGUUUGAAGUUCCCCCUCAAGUACAGAUCUCUGAUGAAUUUCUUGAGCAACAUUUUGAGGGAAGAAGGUGGAUUUGAGUACAAGAAAGCUAUAGUUGAUUCAAUUGUGAUCCUCAUAAGAGAUAUUCCUGAUGCCAAAGAAAGUGGGCUCCUUCACUUAUGUGAAUUCAUUGAGGAUUGUGAAUUUACUUAUCUUUCCACUCAGAUACUACACUUUCUUGGAAAUGAAGGACCAAAAACUUCCGAUCCUAGUAAAUACAUUAGAUACAUUUAUAAUCGGGUCAUACUUGAAAAUGCAACAGUUCGGGCCUGUGCUGUCAGUACUUUAGCAAAGUUUGGAGCUAUAAUUGACUCAUUGAAGCCUCGCAUCUUUGUUCUGUUGAAGCGGUGUCUAUUUGAUAAUGAUGAUGAGGUUCGUGAUAGGGCAACUCUCUACUUGAAUACCCUAGGAGGUGAUGGUGCAGUUGUUGAAACUGAUGAAGAGGUGAAGAAGUUCUUAUUUGGGCCACUUGAUGUCCCCAUCGAAAAUUUAGGAACAAGUUUGAAGAACUAUGUUCCCUCCGAAGAGCCAUUUGAUAUCAACUGUGUUCCCAAGGAGGUUAAAUCUCAACCCAUUGCAGAGAAGAAAUCACAGAGCAAAAAGGCCACUGGUUUAGCUGCUCCUCCUGCCGGUCCCACAUCAACUAUUGAUGUAUAUGAAAAAUUACUUUCAUCCAUACCAGAGUUUUCAAGCUACGGGAAGCUUUUUAAGUCAUCUGCACCUGUGGAACUUACAGAAGCUGAGACGGAAUAUUCAGUCAAUGCAGUGAAACACAUAUUUGACAGCCACAUUGUAUUUCAGUACAAUUGCAUUAACACAAUUCCUGAGCAGUUGUUGGAGAAUGUCACUGUUAUCGUUGAUGCUUCUGAAGCUGAGGAGUUUUCGGAAGUAGCUGCUAAACCCCUCAGGUCCCUUCCAUAUGAUACACCAGGACAGACAUUUGUAGCAUUUGAGAAACCUGAAGGAGUGCCUGUAUUAGGGAAAUUCUCAAACACAUUGAGGUUCAUUGUUAAAGAGGUCGACCCAACUACUGGUGAAGCUGAGGAUGAUGGGGUGGAAGAUGAAUACCAACUAGAGGACCUUGAGGUGGUUGCUGCGGACUAUAUGCUUAAAGUUGGGGUCUCCAAUUUUAGGAAUGCAUGGGAAAGUUUGAGCCCAGAUAGUGAGCUUGUGGAUGAAUACGGUCUUGGUCGUAGAGAAAGCUUGGCUGAGGCUGUUAAUGCUGUCAUUAAUCUCCUUGGUAUGCAACCUUGCGAGGGAACGGAAGUGGUGCCAAACAAUUCAAGGUCGCACUCUUGCUUACUGUCUGGCGUCUACAUAGGCAACGUGAAGGUGCUCGUUCGGUUGGCAUUCGGAAUCGACGCACAGAAAGAGGUUGCCAUGAAAGUGGCCGUUAGAUCUGAUGAUGCAUCUGUCAGCUCCGCAAUCCAUGAAAUUAUUGCAAGCGGUUGAUCUUUCGAGCUACAAUGUGAAGAAGGUUAAAAUGGGCUUCGCCUGCGACACCCUUAUUAAUAUUCUGUGUACUCUUGCUCCCCCCCCCCUCCCUCUUUUGAAGAAAGAAAUGGAUGAUUUUUUCCCCCUUUUGUCUGAAAGAUUUUGGAUGUAGAGAUGUCUGAGUGCGUUAUUAAAUUAUACACAUUUGUAUCUCAAAGUGGCUGACAUUUGCGUAAUUUGGGCACUUAUUAUUCUAUGUUGUAAUUUGAGAACAGAAUACGAUGAUAAUAAUUAGUACCAAAAAAAGAUAUACGGAGUUC